UCGGCAGUGAUAUUAAACUUUUAUUGUGCUAUUUAAACUUUUCUAAUUUAAACAUUACUUUAUACAUUAUUAACAGAUGAUGGAUCUUAUAACAGACAGCACAAAGUUUUUGGAUCGUUUAGCAGGCAAUACCGAGCAUUUCAGAAAUGCGAUGACUAAAGCUGGAGUCAUUGUCAGCGGCGAUAACCAUCCUAUUUGUCCUGUUAUGUUGGGUGAUGCAAAAUUAGCAACAACAUUUGCAGAUAAAAUGAUGGAAAAGGGAAUUUACGUCAUUGGAUUCAGCUAUCCCGUGGUACCAAAAGAUAAAGCAAGAAUACGUGUUCAGAUUAGCGCAGCGCACUCGACCGAAGAUAUAGAUCGUGCGGUAGGUGCUUUCAUACAAAUUGGAAAAGAACUUGCGGUAAUUUAAUAAAUACAUUUUUAAUAACGGCAAAGAAAAAUUGAAUGAUUGAUUCUGUCUCCAAUAUGCAUUCUGUUUCAUUAUAUAAAUAAAUAAAUCGCAGUGUUAACGCUAUAUAUUUAAGCUUAUUUGUAUUAUACAAAUUAAAUAUUGCAAGUAUAUAAGUGCAUGCGAAUGUUGAACGUUGAAUUUAUUAACACGUGCAAUAACAAAUAUCUUAAUUGAGCAGUAUAUUAAAGGUGUACCUUUUUUUAUACAAAUUUCCAACGCGCAAUGUUG